AUUAAUAAUUAUUUAAUAAUUAAUUAUAAUAAAUAAUAAUUGAAUAAAAAUUAUAGUAAUAAUAAUAAUUAUAAGAGUGCAAUCUGAGUAAUAACAAAGAGAACAAAAUAACAAGAAAAAUUAUUGAAUAUUUUUUAAUAAAAAAAAAAAAUAUUUUUUUGCAAAAAUUAAAAGUGCGAUAUUAACGGUAUAUGAAAAAAUUUACAUAUGUACACACAUGUGUAGAAAAUUAAUCAGUGGGAAUAAAGAGUAAAAAAUAUUAAGUAAACAUUUUUUUUGUUUUUCUUCCAAUAAAUAAAUAAAUUUUUAUUUUUACAAUUAUUUCACAUUUUGGAGUUAUUUAAAUACAUGUAUACAUAAUAUACAUUCAUAUAUAUAUCUUAUUUAUACUGAAAAAAAUUUUGCGUGUAAAAAUUUUUAAAGCUCAUAAAUAAAUUAUUAUUAAAAAAAUUCUAAUUUAUCAAAAGGAAAUCGGAAUUUCAUAAAAUUUAAUUUAAUAAACACAAAAACGAAAAAAAAAUUGACAUAAUUGACAGCUAACAAUGAAUUUAAAGAAUUUAUAAAUUCAUUUUUUAAAAUUAUUCUACAAAACGAAAAAGCAAAACAAUCAACCAGUAGCUGAAGAAAAUUAAAGCAGAAAAGCAGACAAUACACAAAAUUCUUAAUUGAAAACAAAAAAAAAAAACAACUCAAUAGCUCAAUUUAUUCUCAUUUUAAGAAUAAGAAUAAUCCACACACACACACGAAAUACAACACAAAAAAAAUCGUCUUCAAUGGAGCACUAAGAAGUGUCAAAGCAUACCCGUUUUUCUGUUGAUGUGUUCUUUUUAUGGAGUUUUUAAUUUUAUAAAUUAUUUAACAAGUAGAUCGGAAAAAUAAUUUAUUGAUAUUUUGAGUGUAUUUGUGUGUGUUUAAUAUAUACGCUUAUUGAACUGGAACUGGAACGCUUCGUUUUUAAAUAAGAAAAAAAAAAUAUUUUAAAUAUUUUUUUUUUAUUGUAAAUUUUUUAAAUAUUUUUUUUUAGAAAAAAAAAAUCAAACAAACAAUGGAUAACGUAUAUAAAUUUUUAUUAAUAUGUGCAAUUAUUUUAGCUUUAACAUUACCCAAUAUAAGCAGUCCAGUAUUUCAAAAUCAUAAAACAAAAGAAUGGACAAAUUUAGAUAAUAUCACUUUUUCAUUUGAUUGCACUCAUCGACCUGUAGGUUUCUAUGCAGAUAUUGAAUAUAAUUGUCAGAUUUUCCAUAUGUGUGAUGAAGAAGGUAAUCGAAUACCACAUUUAUGCGCUAAUGAAACAUCAUUCAAUCAAGAAUAUAGAAUAUGUGAUUGGGAUUAUAAUUUUAAUUGUACAGAAUCAUCGGUAACUAAUAAUAAUAUCAGUAACAAUAAUAAUAACAAUAAUAAUAAUAAUAAUAACAACAAUAAUAAUAAUAAUAAUAAUAAUUAUAAUGAAUAUGAGGAACAAAUAAUAGAACAGCCAACAAUUAUUAAUAAUGAUACUUUCAUUUCAGAAAUGGUUUUACCUUAAUGAGCUAACUUAUGCUACAGAUGCACCUGAAGACGAAGACUAUUAAAUUAAUGCAAAUAACAAAAGAAAAACGACAAUUAUUUUUUUUUUAAAUAAAUUAAAUUAAAUUAAAUUUAAUAAAACGAGAGAAAAAAAAACACAAUUACAAAAGUUUUUAAUUCUUCUAAAAUCGCAAACUAAAUCCCGAUUAUUAAGAGUAAAAUUCGGUUUUAUUAACUUUUUUUUUAAUUUUUGUUGUUUUUUGAUUUUUGUUUGUUAACGAACGAUGAGAUUUUGUUAUGUAAAUUUUUUUUUUAUUUUAUUAGUUAAAAACUAAUUUUUGAAAUUUUUUUUAUUGAUAAAAAGUGAGAUUUAAAAAUCAACUAUAAAUUUUCUAUAGAUUUUUUUUUUCAUAUUCUAUAAUUUUGCUGUUAUUUUUCCCCUAAUCCUAUUAUUAAAUCCGAAAUAAAAUAAUUAUAGGCUGUUUUUUUACUUUAUUUUUUAUAGUUUUACACUUCAGAUCGAGAUAAAAUUCAUAACUAAAUAAUAAAAAAGCGAAAGGUAAAUAAUGAUUAGUUGAUUUCGUUACACUGACUAUACAUACAAAUCUAUGUAGGUGAAAAAAUUUAAUUUCUUUGUUCAUAUACAAACUAUUUUAUUUUCCUUCCCGCAGUUAGUUUCAAAUACCAGUUAAUAUUAGAUUGGUUGCUAUUUUACAUGUGCACGAAAUUUUAAUUAGAAUUAUCAAAAAAAUUUUUUUUAUUUUUUAUCACAACAUUUUAUUUUCCCAAUAUUUCAAUUAGUUUUGUAUUAAAUUUAAACAAAAUAUAGAAAAUAUGAAUUGGUAUUUGGGAAUUUUAAUUAUAUUUCAAAUUUAUUAUCAAAUUGCAGUGAGUACCAACAUUAUAUAAUAUAUAUUUUUGUUAUAAACGGGAAACGAAACAGAGUAGUAUGUUUUUUGGCUUGCACAGCACUUACGUUUGUUUAACAAAUUCAACCACUUUAAAUUUCUAUGUUUUUUUUUUUAAUUAAAAUUGUAAAUAUUUUUUUCAAAUAAUUUUUUAUUAAAUUAUGUAAAUAAAAUUUAUAUAGAAAUUUUUUAAUAUAUGAUUUCACUAACACUAAUAUGAAAUUAAAAUUUUCUUAACAAAAUAAAUUGGUGGUUUAUUAAUUUUUGAUUUUUUUUAUUUCAUAUUGGAAUUGUUUAAUUUUGUUUUUAAUUUCAAUAAUUGGGCUAAUAUUUUUUAUUUAAUAUAAUUUUUUAAUAAUAUACAUAUAAUUUUUUUUGAUUUAUAUUAUUUGCAUUGUGAUAUAUUUUUUCGAAUAAAAUGUGCUAUAAAUAAAAUAAAAAAAGAAAAACAGCGAAAUAGAAUGAAUAUUAGAAUUGUUUUAAAUAUUUCAAAUAAUUUCACAAUAUAUUUCAUUCAAAGAAAGUAAUAACAUAACACCCCGCAUUACUAUGAAAAAUUUUACAUUUUACACGAGUUUCAUCAUGUUUUUCAUAUAAAAUUCAAAAAUUGACUAAAUUAAAUCCAAAUAAUUUCUCUAACAUAAUUUUUAAAAUGUCAUUUUUUUACUGUACACAUAAAAUUGCAAGAGAGUGCGUAAAUGAAGACUCUUCAACAUGAUAAAAAAUGUUUCAUGUAAGAAUAUAUGUAAUAUAAAUUCAACAAUAUAAUACAAGGAAAUUUUAAUUAUUUCCCCUUUCUCUUUUAAAAAAUUCACGUGAUCGUAUAGUUGUACUCAUUCUAAUUUCAAGUUUAGUUACUUUUCAAAUAAUUCUUUAAAAGUAAUUAAGUUACCUUUUAAGUACAUAUUUUAAGUACAAUAUAAAACAAUUCUAUUGUAAUUCUUUUCGCUGUAUAAUAAUAUUAUUUUAUAGUUAUAAAUUUUAAAUAGCUUAUUUUUAUUUAACAAAUAUUUUUUAUA